CCCCCCACGUUCUGGCAUUAAGACAGGUUAACUACUUGUUUGUUAUCUUAAUAACAGUGAUAUGAUAAUAUUUGUAUGCACAGUGGUGUAAAUAUUUUUAUUGGUUUUUAAUAUCUAAUUAAUUAGAAUAAUGUCGUUUUUUAAAAUGGGUGCUGUAAAAAGAAUUUUUAAUAUUAGUGUGAUUAAUCUAAGGUCAUACAGUAAUAAAGUAAAACUAAAUGAUGUAGUUAUAGUCAGCGCAGUAAGAACUCCUGUGGGUUCAUUUUUUGGAUCUCUUUCUAAUUUACCUGCAACUAAACUUGGUGCAGUUGCUAUACAGGGAGCGAUUGAACGUGCUGGUAUUACGAAAGAUCAAGUUAAAGAAGUCUACAUGGGCAACGUUUGCCAAGCUUUUCUUGGUCAAGCUCCAGCCAGGCAAGCUACUUUAUUUGCUGAUCUACCCAAAUCAACAAUUUGUACAACAGUGAAUAAAGUUUGUGCAAGCGGUAUGAAGAGCGUUAUGCUUGCUGCUCAAUCAUUGCAAUGUGGACAUCAAGAAAUUAUAUUAGCUGGUGGAAUGGAAUCUAUGUCCAAUGUACCGUUUUAUCUUAAACGAGGUGAAAUCAGUUAUGGUGGUGUAAGACUCGAGGAUGGAAUUGUAUACGAUGGCUUGACCGAUGUAUAUAAUAAAUUUCAUAUGGGUAACUGUGCUGAAAGUACUGCUAAAAAAUUUAAGAUUACACGUCAAGAACAAGAUGAAUAUGCUAUUAAUAGUUAUAAGCGUAGUGCUGCAGCCUAUGAAAAGAAAGUUUUUAAAGAUGAACUUAUACCAGUCAAUGUACCUCAGAAGAAAGGUAAACCUGAUGUUAUUUUUGCAGAAGAUGAAGAGUACAAGAGAGUGAAUUUUGAUAAAUUUGAUAAAUUAAAUACUGUUUUCCUGAAAGAAAAUGGAACGAUAACAGCUGGAAAUGCGUCGACAUUAAAUGAUGGUGCUGCUGCUUUAAUUUUGACUACUGCUGAUGUAGCACAAAAAUUAAAUCUUAAACCUUUGGCUCGUAUAGUAGGUUUUCAAGAUGCUGCUACAGAUCCCAUUGAUUUUCCAAUUGCGCCUGCAUUAGCUAUCCCUACUUUAUUAGAAAAGACUGGAUUAAACAAAAAUGAUAUAGCUCUUUGGGAAAUUAAUGAAGCAUUCAGUGUCGUCGUAGUAGCUAAUCAAAGAUUACUGGACAUCGAUCCUUCCAAAGUAAAUGUACAUGGUGGUGCUGUAUCACUUGGACAUCCAAUAGGUAUGUCAGGAGCUCGAAUAAUUGUGCACUUGGCACAUGCAUUAAAAUCUGGAGAGAAAGGGCUUGCAUCUAUCUGCAACGGUGGAGGUGGUGCUUCAUCGAUUGUAAUAGAAAAAUUGUACCAUCCAGUUUCAUCUCCGCCAAAAUUAAUGCUAUAUACAAAGCAUCCUUGUCCUCUUUGCGAUAUUUUAAAAGAAGAAUUGCGUUUACGUUUUGCUGGUCGAUAUCAAUUGGAAGAAGUUGAUAUUACAGCUUUGGGAAAUGAAGAAUUUUUAAAACUAUAUCGAUAUGAAAUACCAGUCCUGUUUUUAGAAGGCCAAUAUCUUUGUAAACAUCGUUUGGAUUCUGAUCUCUUAGAAAGAAGACUUAAAGAGUUAACAUUAUAAUAAAUUUGAUAUAAUAAAUUAUAAAUAUUUUAUCUUAGAUUAUAAUUACUGUAUAAGUGAAUACAGACAUAUAUUCUGAAACAGUCUUCACAUUAGACUCAUAAAGACUUUGUACACAGUAGAACGAGAAAAGCAACAGAAGUUGUUAGAUCAAUUUAAAACUCGUCCGCCUUCGCUGCUUCUUUCUUCUUUUUCUUUUCCUAUGAAACGUGUAUCUUAGCACGUAUAAACAUAUUCACCUUUCUCUUCUUACUCAUACAUUUGAUCCCCUCUCCUGAACAUAAACUCUUUUUAUGCUUUUAUACUACAAGCCUCGUUUACUCCAACUGCAGUCAUCAAUAGUGUGUCAACAAAGUAAUCAUAAUAUUAAAUAAAGAAGUACUUGAACAAAUGAUGUAAAAAGUAAUGAGAACAAUAUUAUCAUAUGUUCCAAUUCAUUCAUUCCAAAUUAUUCUUAAAAAGAAAGAAAAUAUAUGAAAUGAGUAGACCCUUUGCAUAGGGUGUUGUAAGGUGUUAUAUUUGUAUAAAAUCGAUUAGAAUUUUCCAGUCUGUUGGACACAUCUAUAGAAAGGAAACAAUAACAUUGCUAAGGGUCGACGUAAGCCCUUAUUCAUUUCUCAAUGAUCAAAUAAAUUCGCUGAGCGUUUGUUUUCGAAUAUGAAAAGUCUUGGAAAGAUUACCCCCACUCUUGGAUAUAGGGAUAGGGUUCUCAACCGAUUUUGAUGUAACUUUAUAGAGCUAUGAGGAUCGGUAUAUGGUGGAAUGGAAUCGGUGAAUGCACCUAACAUCUCCUAUCUCUCUUUCUCUUUCUCUCUUUCUUUCCUUCUUCUCUCAUGGAGGGUCGUGUCCGUUUUCUUCUUCAGUGCGUGCAUUACGCGGAUACCGUCUGGUACACGUUUCUCCUGGCGCCUACGUGGCACAAAUGUUAACGAGUACCAAUUUUGAUAUUCUAGUAUUUUGUUAUGGUAGAUGUUUGUUUAGAAGAUCGAUUGAGUUAUUAAAAGAGAGGAUUAUAUACCGAAUAAGACCUAGAUAAGGGAAAGUAUUGUGAAUGAUAAAAAAACUUUAGAACGGGUGGGGAGAGACCAAGAAGAUAAAGAGGAAGAAGAAGAAGAAGAAGAAGAAGAAAAAGAAGAAGAAGAAGGAGGAGGAAGAGGAGGAAGGAAUAAACUCAGUGUCCAUUUAGGGCGAUUCGAGAAAUUUAAUUUGCAAUGAGGUUUAGUCAUUGCAAGUGUAUUUACAACGUUUAUUAACGUAAGAUAUAAUUUUAACAAGAAUUGUAAAUGAUUCAUUUAGUUUUCAUU